AUGGCGAUCGAUCAAGAAAAUCCACCAUCUUUACCUCCAGCGAACAACAACACCAACAACCACACAAACAAACACCAUUGCUCUUCCAAUAACUACCAAAAAGAUAUGAUGGAUCCAUACUUUAUGCAUCCUAGUGAUAACCUUGGUGUUGCCAUCAUUUCCCCACCCCUUAACAACCUCAACUACCAUUCUCAGAGUCGCUCCAUCGUUGUGGCUCUUCGUUCCAAAAACAAACUUGGAUUUCUUGAUGGAACUCUCCCAAGACCUGCUGAAUCAGAUUCUCUCACUCUUACGUGGGAUCGGUGCAACACCAUGGUCAUGGCGGGGGUGAUAAAUUCCGUUGAACCUGACAUCGCUCAAAGCAUCCUUUGGAUGGACACCGCCGCUGAAAUUUGGACUGAACUUUUUGAUCGCUACCACCAAGGAGAUAUCUUUUGA